CCAAGAGACCACGGCGUACGCCGUACGCCGGUGUGGACGCUCUCCAGUCUCCAGUCAAACCAAACUCGCUGCUGCCGGCCGUGGCGUGCCGUUUCUUACCGCCCACCUCCGCCAACCCCCAUGAUUGCGGCGGCUACAAGAGGCGGGCUCAGCGGCCCCCGAAUCCUCCUCUCCCUCGCCGUCCUCGCCCUCGCCAUUGCCCUCGUCUCGCGCUCCCUCGCCCCGACGGUCCCGGACAUGGCCGACGACCUGCCCGCCUCCAUCUACGACAUCGCCGUCAAGGAUAUUAGAGGGAAUGAUAUAAAACUGAGUGACUACGCUGGAAAGGUUCUUCUUAUUGUUAACGUUGCAUCGCAAUGUGGAUUAACUAAUUCGAAUUACAAAGAGCUGAAUGUCUUGUAUGACAAGUACAGACAAAAAGGCCUUGAGAUACUUGCAUUUCCAUGCAACCAAUUUGCUGGUCAAGAGCCUGGCAGCAAUGAAGAUAUUCAGGAGACAGUUUGUACUAGGUUCAAAGCAGAGUUUCCUAUUUUCGAGAAGAUUAAUGUGAAUGGUAAGGACGCUGCACCAUUGUUCAAGUACUUGAAAUCACAGAAAGGAGGCUUCCUUGGAGAUGGCAUUAAAUGGAACUUCACCAAAUUUCUUGUUGAUAAAGAUGGCAAGGUUGCUGGGCGAUAUGCUCCGACGAGUUCUCCUUUGAAGAUAGAGGCUGAAUGACAUCCAGAAGCUUCUUGACACCACACCAUAAUUGGUUUGUGAAUCACGUCCUCAGAUUCUGUAUGUCGCUCUUCUGAGCUGUAUUAUUAUUGAAAAUAAGGAGCUCGGACAUCUCAGUUUGUGUUUCUGCAGUUGAAAUUAAGAUGGUCUAGUGAACUUUUCAUGAAAAUGCCACUUGUUAAUCUUUACUAGAGGAGAUGCACGUGCCAUAGGUUUUAGAAAUCUAGGCAAAUUUCGCUAUAUUUUACUUCCAAAAUUUAGCAUGUAAAUAAUUAUCAUGAUUAUGUUGAGUGAUUCAGUGAUAACAUGAUAUGUGCAA